CUCCUCUAAACAAUGGGCCAAUCACGAGCGAUCUGGCGAUUCUUUCAAAACAAAAGAAGGAAGACGCUCGCUUUGCACAUGGAAGAUUCUGGAAAAUCAAGAAAUGUCGUAAAUAUGAAGAACUGAGGAUAAAAUGAAGAUGGUGUUACUCAUACAUGGCAACCCGCCUUCCACUCCAAGUUAGUUUCUGCUGCUACGUUCGUGAUUCGGAUCAUUUUCUUCAGCCUUGCAAAAGUGACACAUCCAGUAUAGAACGAGCUCACUUUUCAACAGGUUAUUCUAUUUGGCUUAAAUGAUGUACAAAAUUACGAAUACUUGUGGCUGCUUCUUGCUGAUGAUGACGCUGAUCUGCAAUUACCAAUGCAGUGACAUAUUUGUAAACGAAAGUGCCCGGCCCGAAGAAAAUGUACACAAGUGGGGCAGGACUGAAAAUUUCAUUCCUACGAGAGAAAAGCAGCUCAACGUCCAGGGACGCACGAGGCCGAAUCCUAAGGAAGCUUCACUGAACACGGUCGAAUUAAUAAAUGGUCGAGGUUACCCGUUUGAAAUUCACAGUGUGACAUCCAGUGAUGGCUACAUUCUCGAAUUGCAUCGCAUUCCAUACGGUAGACACAAGAAGAUGGCGCCCAAGGUCUCAGGACAACCCGUUUUUCUUCAACACGGACUUAUGAAUAGUGAUAAUGUCUGGCUACUUCUUCCAGAUGCUCUUGCGUUCACUUUAGCCGACGCAGGAUAUGACGUUUGGUUGGGUAAUGCUCGAGGUAAUACGUACUCACGCCGACAUGUUAGUCUCGAUCCAUCACAAGAAGACUAUUGGAAUUUCUCGUUCGACGAAAUGGGCAACUACGACAUUCCAGCCGUCAUUAAUUUCGUGCUGACAAAGACCGGAAGUGAAAAGAUGAGCUACGUUGGUCACUCAAUGGGAUGUACCAUGUUCUUUAUUUGCAUGUCGUUACAUCCUGAGUUAAAUGAGAAGAUUGAUGUGAUGAUUGCAUUAGCACCUGCAGUUUCAAUGGCAAAGUCAACAGCUCCUCUAAUGGUUAACCAAGCACCAUUUGCUCCACAAAUAAAGUAUGUUUUUGAUUUGAUUGGUGUGCGUGCGUAUCAACCAGUCGAUUCAUUUUGGAACAACCUCCGUAAGCGAUAUUGUGAACCUAAUCUUUUCUUGCGUUAUUCUCUUUGUCAGAAUACCUUAUUCUCCUCUUCGGGGGAUGAAUACCACUCUUUAGAUUUGAAUCUUUUACCAAUUAUUGAUGGUCACAAUCCUGCCGGAACAUCAGUUAACACUGCUGUUCAUUAUGCGCAGAACUACAUGGCCGGUCAGACAUUUCAACGUUUUGAUUUUGGGGUUGAGGAAAAUCAAUUGCGCUAUGGCCAAACAACUCCACCAACUUACGAUUUAAGUAAGGUCACAUCGGAUGUCUUCAUUUUCUGGGGGCAAAGCGACAAGGUGUCUGCUCCUACGGAUAUUGCCUGGCUGGAAACCAAACUAGGAAACUUGAGAAAUUCCAUUAUGAUUGAAGAUCCGCUAUGGAAUCAUUUUUCGUUUCUUUUUUCAGCAGAUGCCAAACGGCUAGUCUACGACAAACUGAUUCCAUUCCUGCCAAAACCUAUUUUGUAGUUUCGGAUGUGUUUUAUAAAUUUGUUCAAAGUUUUCAUAGGAAAGAAAGUUGGGAAAUUUAAACAAAUACGCGAGUUUUUAUUCUUUAACCAUUUAAAAACAAACGAUUAGGAAAAGGUGAAUAACUUAAUUUCGAAAACCAAACAGAAUGUUAUUAUUCAUGAUGUGAUACUUGUCUUCUGAUGUUACUGUUCCGGUUAUAGACAUUGAAAUUCAAUCUUUUUCUCGUCAAUGAACUUCUAGGUUCAACAGAAAUCCCUCCCAUCGACAACCAUAUCAAGGACAUCUAAGAUAAACUGUUUUUGCACCAUUUCUUCUCUAAUUUAUUGGUGUUACCUGCCACCUUUGUCACUACUCCUCUCGUCCUAGUUGUCAAUUUAAAAGCUUUUUUGGAUUAUUGAAUCAACAAUGAGCUUCUCGUUCUAGGUUCUAUCGAAUCAACUAUGAAGUCGUUUGUAAUACUUCACUUCAAUUCUUUUUGUGCUGGGCUAGCUAUGAGGAAAAGUGUUGUCAGAUCCAUCAGGGUUUUUUGUGCUACGUAACCUCUUGCAUUAUGGAUGUAACAUAACUAUUUCUCUUGUUUGUAACGGUUGUAGGAAGAUGGUGAAUCAGCAUAGUUCUAUGUAUAAUUUAGCAAGUGCAAUAUACAGUCCGCAAAUAGUA